AUGUCGAGUGGAUAUAAAUUGUAUGAUUAUAAUCCCAGCGAGGCAGCGGCCAUCGUCUUUGCCGCGAUUUUUGCGGUAACCACACUCGCACACAUUUUCCAAAUGAUAUCGAGACGCACAUGGUAUUUCACACCAUUUAUCAUAGGCGGGCUGUGUGAGUUUCUCUGUUUAUUCUAUCAAUUACUUUCUCCCCCCUUCUUUUGUUGUGGCGGAAUGCUUUCUAAUGCAAAAAGCCAAAAUACCGUCAAGCUCGGAAACUGCAUUAUCGUGAUCGGUCUUUGCGUGCAAUUGAUCUUCUUCGGGUUCUUCGUAGUUGUUUCGGUGGUAUUUCACCGACGGAUAAACUCGUCUCCAACAGACGCAUCAUUGACGACGAGUGUGCUAUGGUCGCGCUAUUUGAAGGUUCUGUACACCGUCAGUGUGCUAAUUAUGGUCCGUUCUAUUUAUCGUGUUAUAGAGUACGUGCAAGGCACCUCUGGCGUGCUCCAGGAGCAUGAAUAUUUUCUGUACAUUCUUGACGCUACCCUGAUGCUCCUCUGCUGCGUCAUCAUGAAUAUCUUCCAUCCGAGCCAGAUCAUUCAUGGUGGGCAAGUCUAUGAUAAGGUGGACGAGGAUCUGGAGUUGUUGAACAACCGUGGCCAUUAG